AUGAGCUAAUAAGCUUUAAGAAAAGUAUAAUCCUUCAAUGACAUGCCUCCCUCUUCAAGUGAUAGGAAAUCUACACGCAACUCCAAAAGCGAUUCUGUAAAAAGUCAUGAAGAUAAAAAUAGCUCCUCUAACAGCUCUACAGAUUAAGAAGCUGAGAAGAAAUUGGAGUUCUAUACAAAUAUAUACGCAAGGAAAACUAUCUUAAAAGUUAAUAUAGAUAACACAGAGCUAGUUAUUUUGGAUAAUGAAUAAUAUACAGCAUACUAAAUUAAAGUAGAGACUGAUAUGGGUACUUAUCAUAUAAAUAAGAGAUAUAGUGAAUUCAGACUAUUCAGAAAAGAGUUGAAGCAAUAGUACUCUGACUUAGUAAUAGCAAAAUUCCCUAGAAAAAAGAUAUUCAGUUCAUUUAAAUAAAAAACAAUUGAAAAUCGCACUAAAGCACUUAAUGAUUUUCUCGCUGCUAUGUUUGAGGCAUAUUAGAAAAAAUAGAUCUUUAUGUUUUUAGAUUUUAUCGAAAUAUAAGAGCAAUUCAUCAAGAAAGGAAUUCAUGAUUUCUUCAGAGUAUAAGCCAACAGUGCUUUCCAAAUCCCACCCUAAAUUAUCAAUAGCAUUCCUAUUAAACCUACUAAUGAAUAAGAAAGGAUGAUGUUAGAGAUUAUACAAAAACUUAAUGCUUUCACAGAUAGUAUAACCUGCAGCUUAGAGAAAAUAAGGAACUUCUAUUUCAAAUAGUAGCCAACUUUAAAUAGAAACUUUAUUCCUUUAAUCCUUAUAGGAUAAGACAAUUUAAAAGGAAUUAUUGAAUUAUCACUUUAAGUUACUAAAGAAAAUCCUGAUAGUCACUUAAUAUGCUGCUAAGGUCUCAAAUUAGUAUUAGAGUUAAUGGAUAUACAAAAAAAUCCAAAUGCUUAGCAAUUUAUUGAUGUUUACACAAAAAUAACUUUUUAAGACAUGAAAAAAUUCAAUUUUAAAGCACAUAUUGCAAACAAAAAUGCUAAAGAAUGUAAAAUUUCUGCUUUAAAACUAAUGAAGAUUUUCGUUGAUGCCAACUCAAAAACUUUAACUAAGAGCACUAGAUAAUUACUUAUGGAUGAAAAAACUUUUGAAGAAUAUGUCAAAUAUUUUAAAACUUAAAAUGUACCAAGACAACUUAUCACUAAAGCUAUGGAAUUAGCUGAAUAAGAUUAAAAUCCAGAAUAUGCUUCCAGCAACUAUUAGAGUAUCAACUCAAUGAGAAUAUCUACUCAAAAAAAUAGCAAAAACUGGAAAGACAUACUUUUUUUUAACAGAAACUCUGUUAUUGAUUAAAAUAGUAAAACAUUUACUGAACCCAGCUAUUCUUAAAACUGUUAAGAUGAAACUUGCGAUUUGGAAGAUUUAAAAGAAGCUAUUGAUGAACCAAGUAUUUAAUGGACAAAGGUAUAUAAUGCAGAAGAUAGCUUCUCACUUCAGUAUUGUAAAUAACCAGACUAAUAUAUCUUGAUCACUUUUUUCCUUCCUUUAAGUCUAUCUGGAGCAUAAGCAGCUGUUAUAGAUAACAGAAAAGAUUGGGAUACUCUAUUUAUGGAGAAUAAAAAAGUAAAUCUUAACAACUAUACCAACGAAGAUACAUACAAAGAAAGUUUAUUUAUCUAAAGAUAUAAUGGUAAUAGAUUGCUAACCUUUAUUUACAAGAGAACAGUCAUAGAAGAAAAUGAUUCAGUAUAUAUUUAUAAAGAACCAACAUAAAAUGUAGAAUACAAGCCUCAGCAUUAUGAAGAUUUAGGUAAAUGGUACUAAUUGGUUAAGUUUAGUCCUUACAAGCAUGAACACAAACUAAAAAGAUUUGAUAAUACAACAGAUUCUUGUACUACUUUCUCGAUUGAGGAUGAUGAAGAUGAUUCUAAGUCAUUUGAGACUCUUUCAUAGAAUGAAUCACCAAUUACUAAAGUAGAUAUAAUCAUAAAAUGCUGUGAUAAAAAUUCAAUAGUAUAUACUACUCCUUUCCUCGUCAAAGAUAAUAAACAAGUGGUCGAUAAUAUACUUAACUUAAUAGAAAGCACAAAUAAAUAAAACUCAGGAAAAAGCACAUUCGAUCAGUCAUUGAAUGAAUCAAUAACUCCUACUACACCAAAGAGAAGUGAUUCAUGA